CAAAUAUUUACUAUGGCCAUUUGUUUAACAAAUUAUGAAAAGCAAUUUUGACAGAUAUUUAAAUAUGUAUUUACUAAAUAUCACAAAUAUAUAUUGAGAAUGUGUAUUAUAACGUCACCUCUUCGAUUAAUUUAAUGUCAAAUUCGAUAACAAGUUUUUUUCCUAGUUCUAGUAGGCGAUGAAAAACUCAUUAAAUAAACAUUUCGUUUCAAGAUUCAAUACAAUCCGUAGUAAAAUUAUUUAAGAACAGCCCAACAAAGCAAAGGCAAAACAUAAAUUUUUCUAUUUUUUUUAUCUGUAAUAUUUUCGAAUUGAAAUAUGAAGCGCCGACAAUUAUGUGUUGGUGAUGUUGAUGAACCGAUUGCUAAACGCACUCGUCUCCAGUUAAGUAAGCAGCCGCUGAUGGUGCGUUUGGGGAUUUUGCCAUCCGGACCGCUGCAUAUGCUCUUUGUCAAAUUGGAUGCGACGACACGACUAUCGCUGGCCAAUGCCUCGAUCAAACUGAAGACGGAAUAUGAUGACUUUAUGUUGCAGGAAUACAAGUGUUUUAUCCAUCAUCAGCGAAGCAUUGUCAACUCCGACGUCCCGCUGCCGCCUAUAAUUUCAGAGGUUUUGGACGAUGCGGUUGGUUUAUAUCUGUCGGAUGGUUAUAUACCAAGUUUUGUUAGUGUCUUGCCGCAACUAUUUGAUAACAGGCAUGAGGUUGCGACUGUUUCGAAAAUGCAAAAUUUUCUGUAUGACUUCUACAAAAAGCUGGAGGAGGAUUUCACUCCAAGACGACCUUUUCAAAAUGCCGCCGAAAAUUUGCAGCUGCAGCAACUGCGUUUGAACAAUUUGAUAACGCUCUUGACACUGUUGCGUAAAUUUCGCGGGUUUCGGGGGAUCAAAGGGGAAAAGAAUCUGAUGCAUUGGCAGCUGGGCAUUCAAGUCGGGGGUAUUUAUUUUUCUGAGAGGAUAAAGACGAUAGACAACGAUGCGGAUAAACUUAUUGAUCUAACAAGCCAUCUCGCUGAGCUGUUGGUGUGCGACAUGUGCGGCACAUCAUACAACAAUUUAUUUAGGUCCGUUCCUGAGCGUUAUGAUAUUGGUGUUCACCAAAACAAUCCUCACACAUGCCUCGAACUCAAAUUCAGCAUACUGGGGACCGAAAGACUAUACGAUCUGAUUGAUAACGUCAUAGCCGGUCAGUUUGAGAUAUCGGAGGUGAAGGACUGGACAACGAUGGCAUUCAGCAUCCGAUUGAAUAUUAAGAGCAGACGAGAUCGGAAAGCUAUAGCAAAAUAUUGGCAGAUUUGCAUAUUGCCGCUUAAUCCAAAAUUGAAAUAGACGUUUUCAACGAA